AGAACUCUGUUCGUACAGUUCAUUUGAUCACUCACACCGCAAUAAAAGGCCGUGGCUCACCUCAUUCUACUCACACGACCUCCAGCUUCACAAUGCCGGCUGAUUUCAAUGGAACGUGGGAGAUGGUCAGCAAUGACAACUUUGAGGAUGUCAUGAAGGCUCUGGACAUUGACUUUGCCACCCGUAAGAUCGCAGUGCAUCUCAAACAGACUAAGGUCAUUGUGCAGAACGGAGACAAAUUUGAGACCAAAACACUCAGCACCUUCAGAAACUAUGAGGUCGAUUUCACCAUCGGCGAGGAGUUUGAGGAGCACACAAAAGCCCUGGAUAACAGAGUUGUCAAGACCCUUGUGAUAUGGGAUGGUGAUAAACUGGUGUGUGUGCAAAAGGGAGAAAAGGAGAACCGCGGCUGGAGGCAAUGGAUUGAAGGAGACCUGCUUCACUUGGACAUCUACUGUGAGGACAAACUCUGCCAUCAAGUCUUCAAGAAGAAAAACUAAUGCUCCAUAAAUAACUGGAUAUUCCCAUCUGGGUUUGGUGUUAUGCUGUGUAUAUUUAUUAAAUCAAUUUUAAUGAACAGCUUCAACCAAAUACACUCAUUUGGUGCUCCAUGUUUGAGAAUUUCAGUGUAGCAAAUAAAGGUUUCUGAUAAUCUCAAUGUUAAUUAAUAAUUAUUAAUAACUCCCAUCAAAAGGUGUAUAAUGCAAUUUAAUGAUAGGUGUGUUUUAUUGAGACCAGUAUAUCAAAGUUCAUAUGAUUCAUAUCGUUUGAUUUAGCAAGAAAUGGGUGUGGAUGCACUAUUUCAGACCAAGUCAUACUUAUAUGAAUGUAAACUUGACCCUCUCAAAUGUGAUUUUGCUAGGCAAAGGAUAAUAUUUAAUACGGAAUAUAAACAUAUUAAAAAAUAUAUAUAUAUAUUUUUCAAAGAAAUAGUGAUGAUAUAUUGGCAUAAAAACACAUUUAAUAAUCAAAACUGAAUGGAUGUGGAGUAGAAAUAGUGGAGCUUUAGUUUAGUUUAGUUUCUAAAAUUACUGUUUGCAUUAAAAGUUAUGCGGCUUAUCUGCAACAUAAAAUCCAUCAGUGACUUUUAAACAUAACAUUCAUCCACUUGUGACUUUUUACUAGCUUUUAUUUGUCUUGGAAAAGGCGUUUGCUAACAAAUGACUAAAUGGGACUUCAGAGGUUCAGCCUCGCUGUGUUAAUAAUCGUGCUCUUGCAAACUAUUCCAAGUCAAAUUUUCGGGAUAAAUUGUUGGAAAAGUCAUGUGACCUUAUACUUGUAUAUGUUCUGCCUAUUGUAUUAAGGCUUCAAAAUGUAUAAAAGUUGUGAAGGUUAUCAUGAUGAACAAAUAGGUGUAAGAAUCAUGUUGAUCACAGAGCUUAAUUUUUGCAAUGAUCAAUGG